GGGGAUAAUUAUGUUUAGGCAAAAAUGUACAGUUUUUACUUUUAAUAAUCCCAUUUUUGAAUUUAGGGGAAAGCUGCAUUAUUUUGUGGGUUGUUGGGAAUGUCUGGCAACACUGGCUGUUGUGCUGUCGUGUGCUUUUGUAACUAAAACUCCGUUUUGACAUCACUUUCAUCAUAAUCUGAAUUAAAUAAUAAUAAUAUAAAACAACAAAAACAAAAAUAAAAAUAUUAAAAAUAAAACACCAUCGAAAACGAAUCAAAAAACAAACAAAAAAUAAUACACAAAUAAAUAAAAUCGCAAGCUACAGCAAAAGGAGGAGGAGAAAAGAGGAAAAUAAAAAAGAAUUCAACAAUUACUUAGCUCAAAAAAAGUCAACGAGGGCGAAACGAAAAAUUCUGCCAUCAACUUUUUAGUUUUUUGGACUCUUUCUGUUUUCGAUUUGUUUUUGCUUUGCAAAGAAAAUAUAAAAAUAAAAAAAAAACGCCGAUCCAAAAUUUGACGGGCGGCCUACGUCCCGUGGGUGUGAGCGAGACACAGAGAGAGAGAGAGAGGGAGACAAAGCGACUGCGCAAAUAAAAAAUAAAAACAAAAAAACAAAACAAAUAAACAAGCCAAGCUUGAAACGAAGACUUUCAAAAUAAAAAAAAAAACAACAAACAAACAACAACAACAACAAAACAAACCAAACAAAUUGAAACGCUGUGAAAUUAACUCGUCAAUACUCAAAAAGCACCAACAAAAAAAAUACGAAAACAACAGAAGAAGAAGAAGAAAGCAUAGAAGAGAGAGAAAGGAGAGCCAGUAAAACGGAGUUGCAACAAAAAAAACAACAAAAAGUCCAUGGGAAGAAAAGCGGCAAGAAGCACUGAAAGCGGCGGCAGGCAACGGAAAAACUAAGGGAAAACCUGCGCUUCGGCAUCUCGAAUAAAAAAAAAACAACAAAAAAAUAAAAAAUUAAUAGCAAAAAAGCCAAUAAAAGCGAAAAGAAACUUUAAAAAAGCUAAAAAACAAACAAAAAAAAAAUCAAUCCCAAAAUUCCUCAUUAUUUUUCCUGAAAAGCUUUAAUUUAAUUACAUUACGAAUUUUUUUUGUUAAGUCAAAAGUGAAUUCAAUUUGCUAAUUAUUUAAAAUUAAGAACAACAGCAACAAGCUACACUAGCAGCAGCAACAACAACAAACAAAACAACCAACCAACCAACAACAACAACAACAAACAACUGAAUUAAUGUUUUAAAGUACAAAAUAACCGGGAGAAAAAUCAACAACAAAUAAUUAAAAAAAAUAAAAUUUAAUUUAAAACGCAACAUCAAUCUAAAUUAUUUAAAAAGAAAAACAACAAAAAAAAACUGUUAGCUUUUAAGUAAAAAAAAAAUAAAAUAAAAAUAAAAGAGAGAGAGCCCAAGGGGGGCGAGUUACAGAGGAGGAGAACUGAGGAAGAAGGGAGGAGGAGAUAAACCGAUAAAGCAACAAUUGUGCCGCAAAAAAAAGUGUGAAUAAAUAAAUAAAUAAAAAAAAUAUAUAUACUAAAAAUAACGGUAACAAUAAAGAAAAACAUUUAAAACCAAAAAUCUACAAGAAUUCUAUAAGUUUUAAGCCACGUUUUACACAUAAAACAACAACAACAACACAAAAGCAAAAGCAAGAAGAAAACCAACAACAACACCAGCAACUUAACUUAGCCAAUAAUAUAUUUAAAAAAAAAACAUAACUUUUUGUAUAAAUAAGUCAAAAACUAAAGCCCAGCAAUAAAUAAAAAAAAAGAAUAGAAAAAAGAAAUAAUUUUCAACUGCGGCCUUGUGCCAAAGAAACAGUUUUAUUUUACACAGAAAAAAAGAAAAACAUUGUUUUUUAAUACUUUUCAAUAUUCAAUUUUUUUUAUAAGUGUACCUAGUGAGAAAUGUUAAAAGUCUAAAACAGCAAAAGCAACUGCAACAAAAGAAAGUGAAGGAAAAACAAAACAAAUUCAAAGAAAGAUUUAACAACUCUGUGAUAAUUACUGUAAAUUUAUAAAUUUAAAUAAAAACAAAAAAAAAAAAACAAAGAAAAAAAAUCUCUAAUGGAAUGAAUGGAUAAAAAAAACACUAAUUUUUAAACAAUAGAAAGUCGAAAGGAAAAAAAAAAACAACUUUACACUUAAGAGCAAAUGCAAAUGAAAAGAUAAAAAAACAUUGAAACAAAUUCGUGAUAUCUUAAAGGACUUCGAUACAUAUAUACUAUAGUAUAUUAUAUAUUAUAUUAUAUAAACUAUUAAACUAAGCUUAAAUCUAGUAAGCAAAAAACCGAAAAACAACAAAUAUAAGUGAAAAAAAAAUAAAAAAUAAAUAAAUAAAACAACCAACCAACAAAAAGCAAAAUAAAAACCUUAGGUUAUAAAAAAAGACUUCAAAACGCAUUCAAAAAAAUAUAUAUAUAUUUAAAAUAAUAAUAAUAAUAAAGAGAAAAUAAAUCGUAGGCUUAAAAGUUCAAGAUAGUAAAUGGUCGGAGGAUAACACUCCCAAUAUCUAUUAUAUAUAUAAAAAAAAAAAAUUAUUAUUUGCUUAGUGAAUAGUAAAUGAAUCAGCAAUACCAGCAACAACAAAAAUACAACAAACACUCAAUAUACAAAUCGUGCAACCGAAAAGUAAUAGAAAAGUACAGCGAAGGAGUCAGGAGGAGAGAAGGACAUAAGGAGGAUCCCCCCGCCCCCCAUUAUCGUCGUUGUACUAAGGAUAUUUGAAAGUAAUUUAAAAAUAAAUCACUACUACUUCCUAUAAACCACAACGAUUGCCUACAAAAUAUAUAUAUAUAUAUUAUAUAUGUAUACUAUAUAGAAAAAAACCCAAAAUAUAUAAUCACUUCCCAAAAAAAACACAAAAAAUAUUCAAAUAUCAAACAAAAGCUAAUCUAACCCAAAAGUAAAAAGUAAAAAGUAUUCCCAGUGUAUUUUUCUAGUAAAACUAAAGUAAAAAAAAAAAACAAACAAAAAUAUAUAUACUAUAUAAACCAAAAUUCAAACAAAUGCAAUAAUUCAAAUAAAUAACUCAAAUAAAAUCUAUAAAACACAAAAAUAUAAAAUAUAUAAAGAAGAAAUAAACCAAGGGCAGCAGCUGGUAUGCAUUUUCAUCCGAAAACCACAAUAUUUUGAAUAAACAAGCGAGGAAUAAAAGGAAUAGAAGGAUAAAAGGAUAACAGAGACCCAAGAAGAAACUUCAAACUACCAAAACCAACCAACAACGUUACAAUAUUCGUCGGCAUUUUUUACAACACACAACAACAACAACAACAAGAACAAGGAACACAAAGCAAAUAAAAAAGUAAAGGAAAAAAAAACACAAUUUUUUUGUGGGGCAUGCCCCAAAAACAAACAAAAACAAAGAGACAAUUUUUUAUUAACUUCGAAGACAAGGAAUUUCAGUGCCUCUUGUGCCAGUGUUUAGCCAAAAUAUAUACACAAAAAAAAAAAUAAGAAAUAAAAAAUAAAAAUCAACAAAUACGUAUUUAUUGCUUAGUUUUUUUUUCUCUUUGAUAUAAAAAAAAUACACGAAAAACCGAAAAAAAAAUAAAUAAAUACAGUUUAAGGGAAGAAAACACAAAAAACAAAAACCAAAAUAGUGAGAUCAACAAAGUGUUUUCCGUUAUAUUUCGCGCUCUCUUCAAAGGUCAAAGUUGAACAUUGUAUCUUAAACUUCGACCUCUCGUUCUCGUCAUUCGCAUCCAUCAAGGGAUCCGCCUAUAAUCGCAAUCAGUCUCCUCCAACUUGCUAGUCCUUAUCAGCAUUUUCUUAUCAGAAGUUAUCAGAAUAUCCAAUAGAUCGAUUCAAGAUGAAUACGCAAUCGAAGGUUUACCGCACAGGCGAAGAAAUCUAUGAUAACAUGCCCAUUGAUGGCUACUUCAACAUCAAUGCCAUUCGCAACCUGGGCAUCCCGACCACUUUUCCCACAAUUGGAACCUUUACGCUUGAUUCUACGACUUUGGGAAUGCCGCAGCAGCAGCAGCAACAGCAACAACAACAGCAGCAGCAGCAGCCACCCAACAUGCAUCAUCAUCAUCAGCAGCAGCAGCAUCAACAACAUCAACAGCAGCAGCAGCAGCAUCAGCAACAUCAACAGCAGCAGCAACAACAGCAGCAGCAGCAGCAACAUAUGCAACAGCAGCAGCAGCAACAACAACAGCAGCAGCAGCAGCAACAUCCCAGCAUUGGAAUGUUUGAUGCCAACGAGGUGAACGAUGUCAUCCAGAACCCUCCCCAGAUUGGUGUCUUUCAGUCCAACAGCGUGCUGACCAACGGAGCCGGGAGCUCCUCCUCGAUGUUUGGCUCUCAGUCGAGCAACUCCUCGGCUGCCCCCAACACUGAUCCCAGCCAGGCCACUCGGGAAACUGGUAUCAUCGAGAAAUUGCUGCACUCUUAUGGAUUCAUUCAAUGCUGCGAGCGUCAGGCGCGUCUUUUCUUCCAUUUCUCGCAGUUCAGCGGCAAUAUUGAUCAUCUGAAGAUUGGAGAUCCCGUGGAGUUCGAGAUGACCUAUGAUCGCCGCACUGGCAAGCCGAUAGCUAGUCAAGUGUCCAAGAUUGCCCCGGAGGUGGUGCUAUCCGAGGAGCGGGUCACCGGCACCGUCACCACUGAGCUGCGCACCGACAGUGCCAACAAUGUGCUCAGCUCCAGCGAGACCACCGGUCGCAUCAGCUACGAGAACCGGGGCGAAUGCUUCUUUCUACCAUAUACCAAAGACGAUGUCGAGGGCAAUGUGAACUUGCGGGCUGGCGACAAGGUCAGCUUUCAAAUUGCAACGAACCAAAGAGGCAACCUGGGCGCCUGCCAUAUUCGCCUGGAGAAUCCGGCCCAGCCGGUUAAAUACCGCGGAGUAGUCUGCUCCAUGAAGGAGUCAUUCGGUUUUAUCGAACGCGCCGAUGUCGUUAAGGAGAUCUUCUUCCAUUUCUCCGAGGCCGAGGGCAACGUGGAGCUGCGUCCCGGUGAUGAUGUGGAAUUCACCAUUCAGACGCGUAGCGUAAGUGGCAGCGGCGAUCCGGCAAACAGUCACCUCCAUUCAAAAAUGCAGUCUGCCUCUGUGCCUCCCCAGGGCCGUGAAUAUGCGUGCAACAUCACACGCCUGCCUCCCGGCUCGGUGAUCUUCGAGGACGUCGACAGCACUGUGUAUAAGGGCCAGGUGCUCAAGUCGCUCGAUCGCAACAAUCCGGUGCGCCAGAAUAACGAUCCAUUGCCCGGGCGCAUUCGCUAUCGGGCCUUGGACUACUCCGAGGUGGAGGUUCCCUUCGGCGACAAGGAUCAGAAGGGUGACUUCACUUUGCGUCAUGGCGACUGGGUGCAGUUCUUCCUGGCCACCGAUCGCCGGGAUCAACUGCAGCGGGCCACAUCGAUUGCCUUGCUGGAUGAGACUUUCAAGGUGUCUGGCGAGAAGCGAGAGCAGGGCACCAUUGCUUCGCUCAAGGAGGGAUUUGGAUUUUUGCGCUGCGUGGAGCGACAAGCGCGUCUAUUUUUCCACUUUACUGAAGUUCUAGAUACGAGCCGCGAAAUUGACGUUAACGAUGAGGUGGAGUUCACUGUCAUCCAGGAACCUGGACUGGCCUAUAAUAACUCGCGUUUGCAGGCCAUUCGCAUUAAACACUUGCCGCCCAACUCAGUGCAAUUUGAAACUUUAAUGGCCAGCAACAUAGAAGGUUGCGUGACACGCGAGGCUCCCAAGAGCCCUAUUAAAUCUCAAGAUCGCGUUGAAGGCGGUGUGAUUACCUAUGAGCAUGGCGAUGUUAAAAAGACUAUAAUGUAUUUUCUUAAAGACUGCGAAAAACCACCAAGGAUUGGGGAGCGAGUGCGCUUCGAUAUUUACAUGGUCAAACGUAACAAGGAGUAUAUAGCCGUUAAUGUGCAGCAAGUUUCCUUGCAGCAACAGCAACAACAGCAGCAGCAGCAGCAACAACAACAACAACAGUUGCUGAAUCAGCCCAAUUCCGGAGGCAAUCAUAACCAAAUCGAUCAACUAUCUGCUUUGUCGAACGGAAUCAGCAGUGGUAGUGGUUCGAAUGCCUCCAUGCAGAACGGCUAUGUGAUGCACGGCAGUCCCGGUGGCAGCACCAGCAGUGUCGGCAGCAACAACCCAGCCCACAUGGAUGACUUUAAGCUGGAGAACAACAAUCAUGCCGGUUCCGAGGCUGGACAAGUGUAUCGCGGCUUCAUUGCCGUGAUGAAGGAGAAUUUUGGAUUCAUUGAGACCUUGUCCCACGACGAGGAGGUCUUCUUCCACUUUAGUAACUAUCAUGGAAAUCCAAACUGGUUGGAGCUGGGCCAGGAGGUGGAGUACACCCUGGCGCCCAAUGGAAACACAUCCGUUUCUGGCAACUGCCUGCCAGCCGAGAAUGUCCGUAUGCUGCCCAAGAACUCAAUUCCACAGCCGGCGGUCCUGGAUCCUGUUCAUAACGGCGUGGUGGCUCGUCCACUUCGAUGCAUUAAUCCCGACCAGCAGGAGUAUGCUGGUCUCAUUGAGAUUCUCGACGAACAGCGCACCACUGUCAUUUCGCAGCACGAGUUCGGCAUCACCAGUUUGGUGAACAAGAGGGAUCUGCUGCAGAAGGGCGAUCUCGUCAGCUUCCGCAUCGAUGAGAGCGGUCGGGCCGCUGUGGUUAAUGCUGUGCGUCAGAAGAAGCGUGCCACUGUCGACUCCAUCAAGGGCCAGUUUGGAUUCCUCAACUUUGAGGUGGAGGAUGGGAAGAAGCUCUUCUUCCACAUGUCCGAGGUGCAGGGCAGCACCGUUGCCUUGCAUCCCGGGGAUACCGUGGAGUUCUCUGUGGUCACAAAUCAGCGUAAUGGAAAAUCUUCGGCUUGCAAUGUUCUAAAAAUAAACGAUCGUCCGGAUCGUUUGAUCUCGCGCCUCAAGCUCAAUGGCGAUGACACUGUGCCGCGCCUAAUACUCAUUCGCGCACCCAAGGGACCGCAGGGCAAGGGCUUUUCCGUUCUGGCGCGCCAUCCACGCAUUCCAGGCACCUUGGUGGAGUAGAUUGCUGCUGAAUAUCAAAUUAGAUACACGGAUUAGGAAUGGUUAUUGAAAUGCACAUCAAAGACAACUACCUACAAAUAAAGCUAUACGUUUAAAAUCCUUGUACGCAAGCCAUUAAUUAGCGAGCAGGAGGAACCCAAUCAACUAACUAACAGCAAUGUGAACUUGUCGCCCUAACCAUAUACACACACAAACACAUUUAUAAAGAAUAUAAUCCUUAGAAGAAACAAAAACUAAAUAAUACAAAACUCUAUUGGAAAACGAUCGUAAUUGAUAAUAAUCGAUAGCAAAGGCAUAUGGCAUACAUUUACGAUUAAUAAUUACAAAACUACUUAAUAGCAACUCAACAAAGAGAACUCUUCGUGUCUGAAAUCGAAACUUAUUUGUAAUACUACCAACUAACCCUCCACCAUUGUAACGCUAUGCUCUUAACUCGAUUCGAGUUUGAAGCGAUAUGAAAUUGAAAUUCAAGUGUCUGAGAGAUGAAACCAAAACGUUUGUAUACGUAUACUAUUUUCUACUAGUUUGCUUUAAUUUUAAAUAUUAAAAAAAAUAAAAAAGGAAAAAACGAAAAAAAAAAAAAAAAAAAAAAACUCAAAAAUAAGUGAGAAGGAAACAGGAAACAUAAUCUAUGGAAGUAAUUAUUCUAGAAAAGGCAACGAAAUCUUUGCAUAAUUGCUUUAGAAAUUGUAUGAAGGCAACCCUCUAUAUAUACACAAAAAAAAUUUAUCUAUGGCUUGGAUAGUUCCUGCUCCUAUUGAACUGUAUCUUGCUCUAAUCGUAUUCUAAUGUACUUCUCGAAACUGUUCUUUCACUGCUUUCUAUUUAACUGUUAACGAUUUAUAUUUAUUGAAUAAUUAUUGUACUGCUGAACGGCGACAGCGAAACCGAUUAGGUAGAACAGCUACUUGAACAUCAGCCAGCCAGGAGGAAACCAAUCAAGAAAUAAAGAAAGAUUAAAGUAUUUAUAUAGCAAAACAGAAAGUCUAAUUUGUAUACAUGCAUAUAACUACCAUUAAACAUAUAUAUUUUAUCUAUUCAUUAACGUAAAACAUACAUAAUACAGAUAUUAAUUUGUUCCAUUUGAAUAUCCUUUUGCUUGUACACCACAUUUUUCUGUUGCAUUCAGUCGGUUGCAUUAACUUAUUAUUACAUAAAAUAUUUAAAAACAAAACAGAAACCAUGCUAAAUCAUAAAUAUUAAUAUAUUAAUUUAAAUCAACAAAUAACAUUUCAAAAACAAAAUGAAGAUUGAGAAGAGAUUGAAAUUGAGAGUUUUUGUGUGACGAUGAAGAGCAAAUUAAAUUUGCUGCGCCAAAUCUGUUGAAACCAUUUAAUGAAAAUUAUAAAAAUAAUUUUUAAAAAAAUCUAUAUAUACGAAAAAAAAUUAAAAAACUAAAAAAAAAAAAAACCAAAACCUUAUGAGCGUGUCGUGUGUCGGUAACAAAGAGCAAAUAUUGUGAAAAUUAUGAAUUUCAAUUACUAAGAAACAAAAAAAAAACUAAUGUAACAAACACAAUUUAACAAGCUAACAACAAAUUUGGGAUCAGUACGUCCUAUUAUAGCCAUGUUAUAUACAACAACAACUACAACAACAGUAAAUACAACAAGAAAAACCUA